CCCGGGGAAAAAUAAUUUGUUGGUUUCGUUGUCUUGGUUACGAGCACUGUUUGAAGACUUUUGAUUGUUGAGUAGCUAGCUAGCUAGCUAACUGGUUUGGUGAAGUAUAACGUUAAUGUUAGCUAGAGGUCGUCUUUAAGAUAUCGUGUCACAUGUUUGAGUCACAUUAUUUUUAUUAUUAUUUUUAUUAUUAUUAUAGUUAUUAUCAUUAUUAUUAUUAUUAUAUAUUAACCCAAUACAAAAAUGUCUGACACACUUAAACACGAAGAUAAAUUGGGAGCAGGUUUAUUACAGGUGCAAGAGGAUUUGAGACAACCCAAAUGCAGUCUUGAGGACAUCACUAUCAAUGAGAGGGGAAAAACAAUGGACAUUCAAGCCUUGGACGCUGCCAUUGGCAAGACAGAGAGUAGCAUCAGGUGGAGUAAGCAGCUGCUGGUUCUUCCAAGAAUUGAGGACUUACAACAAAAGAAGCAGAUUCCCAAGUGGAAACCUGCUCUGGAGAGUAUCCCAGAUGUGCGUCCAGCAAGGGAAGGCCUUCAAGGGACUUCACCUGGGAAAAAGCACAAGUAUGCGUUAACCACGCAUUUGCCAUGUAAUCCUGCUCAUCCAAACAACAGAGCCGUUAUGCACCAGAAAUUUGGGAUGUCCCUCUCUGAUUUCCACAAGAAGAGCACAGAUGCAGCAAAACAUCACAGAAUAAUCCAUGGCCCUGUGGUGAGUCUUCCGACCAUUGAACCAAAGGGCCGUCCUAGCCUGGCAAUGCCUGAAGAAGACAUGCGUACAAUGCCAGAUUCAAGUUUGCUUCGUAUGUCGAUCCAGCACAAGGCUGUAUCUCUUCACCCCAGAGAGGAUUCCUAUUCUUACAAGACAGGUCUGAUAGGCUCUAAGUCCCAGUGUCACAAGCAGCUGAAAUGGGAAACAGAACCUGUAUCCACCUGCGAAAGAAUUGGCAGAGAAUGCACACCCCUCUGGACCACCAAGACACCGCCUCCCUCUACAAGCUCCAAGAGCAUGGACCACAGGGGUAUGAUGCAAGGCAUCAACGAUCUUAUCCCUAAAAGCCCUGAGAAUCUACCUGUGCAAGUUCCAGUAAACAUCAGCAAAUACCCCUUUACCAUCAUAAAGGGACGGAUAAACCCAAUGGCGACAGAUUUCUGUCAUUUCAAGCAGGGCUUUAGCUUGUGCUGGAGCAGUGUGGUAGAUGCUCUGGAGGCCCUGGAAAAACUGCUCAGGGACUUUGCCGUGCCUCUAGCCAAAGUGAGCGGGGAACGGCUAGUGGAGUUUGGCUAUGGUUGGUAUAAUGGUUGGAGAAAGGCUCCUCCAGUGAUUGGCCUCCUCUCAGUACUUGAAAACUGGGAGGAGAUAUUGAGUCUGGUCUUACGCCCAGGUCAGCGCUACAAGGGAGAGGGGGGCAUUGACGCAGCUGCCAUCCACAUCCAGUCCUGCUGGAAGCGCUACUUAGCACGAACUGCCUACCUGUGCCACUGCCGGCGCAAGUGGGCGGCAGGCACCAUCGCUAUCUCAUGGUUGAUGCACACUCAGAUGCUUCGUAUCAAGAAGGCCCUGCAGGCCCGGCGUUUCAGACAACUGCAGAAUUACCGCAGCAGAGCCCAGCAUCUGGCAGCCAACUGGAAAUACAUCCAGUCCUCCAAGAGGACCAUUAUCCACAUCCCUUCAUUAGGAUACUCUCAGAGCCAGCGAAUGCACCUGAGGGGAUUUGGCAUCCUACAGAACAUCCAAAUAAGCAGAGUGUGUGAUAUUAGAGAUGAAAAUGUGGAGGUCAUCUACGUAUGUCCGCGGCAUCUGGGGGAAGACAUGUUGCACUAUUACACCAGCCUCCUGAAACGUGAUGGAACCACAGACGAGGAUUAUACCGGGACCCCUCAGGCCUCAUCCUCCUCUGUCAGACGCUUCAUCAUCCUCACACCUGAGGCUGUAGAUUAUUUUCCGACCCAUAACAUGUGCCUGUCUACACUACUAAAGUAUAGUCCACGCACCCUAAAGCGCAUCAGGAACCUGAUCCAGGGGAAGCAGGCCUAUAUUGUAGGUGGAGUAGCCCAUGAGGAUGACCUGGCAGUGGCUGAUGAGCUAGGAGUGCCAAUCCUGGCUCCAGAACCAGCUAUUGCACAGCACUACAGCACCAAGUCUUGGGGGAGGAGGAUCUUUGCCGGGGCAGAGGUUGAUGUACCCCCUGGUCAAGGAGACAUCUACUCGCUGGACCAGCUUCAUGAAACACUGGCUAGGAUCAUGACUCAGAACAUUGAUGUGCAGCGCUGGCUCUUUAAGAUCGACUCUGAGCAUGAUGGCCGUGGCACAGCAUACUGUGAUGUAUGCCAUCUUAGCUGCUAUAACUGGGCCCUGCAGGAAUGCCGUCGUUAUGAUCCUGAGAUAUGGAACACAGAAUGGAUUCAGGAGUCUGUGCUUCUUAGAUAUCUAGAUGAAAUCCCAGAGUGGCUUGCCCGUUACAGUCAGCCAGCUAAAACCUCCUGCUAUCCCAACUGGGCCUUCUUCCUGAAGACCUUCCUCAGGCAAGGAGGUGUGGUGGAGGCCUACCCCCCUUCAGACAGUGUUACUUGUCUGACAGUAGAUCUGCUGCUGGAGCCCGGGGGUGAGGUGACCAUGCUGUCCUGUGGAGACCAGCUUCACGGUUCCUGUCAGCUGGAAGCUAUAGGCUCCACUGUUCCUCAGACCUCUGUACACCCAGAGACCCUGCAAUCCAUCUGCAUGCGUGUGGGCAAGGCUUGUCUACAGCGCCUUAUAGUAGGUUAUGUCUCCGUGGACCUGGCUACAUUUCUGAACCGCAACACCAUGGAGCAAAAGGUGUGGGCUAUUGAUCUGGACCUCACAUACAGUGACCAGUUGGCCAUGACGCAGUUGCUUCUGAUGAUGACUGGAGGAACGCUGAAUUUCCACACAGGCUGUUUAGAAGUGCCAACUCCAAUCAGAGAGAAAUGCCGUGAACACCAAAUUGCAGCCAAACCUCCCAUGGUUAAUCGUUAUGCAGUUUUUGGGAGCCACUUGUUUCACUCCAACCUUUCCAUGUUAUACCACAAUGUGUUCUUUAUGGUGUGCAAGGCUCAUGGAAUAGGAUUUAACAUGAAGAGGAAGCAAGGGACUGUAUUUGCUCUUUAUGACAGCAGUGAGCGAUGCACUAUUGGAAUGAUAACAGUCUCAGAAGAUCUCCAGGGAGCUCUGGUGACCUUUGCUCGGAAUCUGUCAGACAUUCAUCAGGAAAUAUCGCCCUCUAAAAUGCAAGGAGAAAACAAUUUUAAGGAGCUGAUCAAGGACAUAGAAGAUGUACUGCAGAUGACUGUACAGAACAAGAUGCGAGCGGUGGAGGAUAAACUUGCUGCCUAGACAGCAGGUUCACCAAUAAACUCUUGGCCAGUUAGGCCUUAAAUGAACCUUUAUAAUGAUUAGUUGUGUGAUCUCUUUGAAUAUAAUUAAUAUAAUAAUAAUAAUAAUAAUAUUGGUAAAUGACAGCUUUUAACAACAUACAAUAAACUAUGCACACAGUAAUUCCACUGGGGAAUCAGUAGGCUUCAUUCAUGAAUUUAUUAAGGAUUUAUGGAUUCAAAUUAUAUAAAGCAGUUUUAUUUUGUGUUGGAGACUGCAGAUUAAUUGUGCUUAAACUAUUACAAGGGAAUACGUAGUGUGGAUGAACUUCAUAGUAUCUUGACUUUAUGUCUAUAUUUAUACAACAUAGAUGAGAAUGAGUAUAUUGUUUAGUGAGAUGUUCCAUAAUACAUUGCCUCUGUGAAUCUGUGGCUACACAUUUCUUUGGUCGGUUGAUAAAAAAGUGAUUGGUACUGGCUGUAAUUUGAUUGCCAAAGGACUCCUGUAAGUUGACAAUAUUUAUUUCUUUAUAAAAAGAGUGUAUUGUGAAGUUUUCAGAAACACAGUAUUUUGUUUUUUUUCAUUAUUAUACAUAUGUUGUUUUCAGCAAGUGGUGAAUUGUAAAAGUUGAAAUGAGGUGAUUUAAUAAAUGUUUGCAUUCAGUCUGUCACUACAAAAUGAUUUGAUGAUAUGAAAUUCAGUUGGUUUGAGGAG